AGAGGGAGAGAGAGAGAACGAGGAAGGGAUAGAGAUAGAUAGAGAGAGAGAGAGUGAGUGAGAGAGAGAACUAGUCACUCCUCUCCUCUCCUCUCCUCUCCUUCUCAACUGUUGAGAGUGUGAGUUCUCCCUCAUAAUGACCUGCUAAGUGCUGGUGUUUAGUGGCAUCUCAGGUUGUAAUGGUUAUAUGCCCCCUGAUCUUCUAGUUUAUGGGUCUGUGAGACACACACACACACAGACACACACACACACACCCACACACACAGACACACACACACACUCACACACUCACACACCCACAGGGGUUUAUAGGUUCUGGGCCUUUAUGCUUUCCAGUGUUUUUGGAGUAGUCUUCCUGCUCUCUCUCUUAGUAGUUGUUAUUGAAUGAUGGAAUGCUCAACUCUUGUUCUGUCUCUCAAUGGGUUUCUGCAUCUCUCUCUUCCUGCUCUCUCUCUCUCUUUCUGCAUCUCUCUCUUCCUGCUCUCUCUCUCUCUUUCUGCAUCUCUUCCUGCUCUCUCUCCCUUCUCUCUCACUUCCUGCUCUCUCGCUCUCCAUUCUCUCUCUUUCUUCCUGCCCUCUCUCUUCCUUCUCUCGCUCUCUUCCUGCUCUCUCUCUCUUCCUGCUCUCUCUCUCUUCCUGCUCUCUCUCUCUCCCUUCUCUCUCUUCCUGCUCUCUCUUCCUGCUCUCUCGCUAUCCCUUCUCUCUCUCUUCCUGCUCUCUCUCUUCCUGCUCUCUCUCUCUUCCUGCUCUCUCUCUUCCUGCUCUCUCUUCCUUCCUGCUCUCUCUCAAUUCCUGCUCUCUCUCCCUUCUCUCUCUCUUCCUGCUCUCUCUCUUCCUGCUCUCUCUUCCUGCUCUCUCUCUUCCUGCUCUCUCUCUCUUCCUGCUCUCUCUCUCUCCCUUCUCUCUCUCUUCCUGCUCUCUCUCUCUCUCCCUUCUCUCUCUCUUCCUGCUCUCUCUCUUCCUGCUCUCUCUCUCCCUUCUCUCUCUCUCUCUUCUCUCUCUCUUCCUGCUCUCUCGCUCUCCCUUCUCUCUCUCUCCCUUCUCUCUCUCUUCCUGCUCUCUCGCUCUCCCUUCUCUCUCUCCCUUCUCGCUCUUCCUGCUCUCUCUCUCUUCCUCUCUCGCUCUCCCUUCUCUCUCUCUUCCUGCUCUCUCGCUCUCCCUUCUCUCUCUCUUCCUUCUCUCUCUCUUCCUGCUCUCUCGCUCUCCCUUCUCUCUCUCUUCCUGCUCUCUCUCUUCCUGCUCUCUCUCUCUCUUCCUGCUCUCUCUCUCUUCCUGCUCUCUCUCUCUUCCUGCUCUCUCUUCCUUCCUGCUCUCUCUCAAUUCCUGCUCUCUCUCCCUUCUCUCUCUCUUCCUGCUCUCUCUCUCUUCCUGCUCUCUCUCUCUUCCUGCUCUCUCUUCCUGCUCUCUCUCUCUUCCUGCUCUCUCUCUCUUCCUGCUCUCUCUCUCUCCCUUCUCUCUCUCUUCCUGCUCUCUCUCUCUUCCUGCUCUCUCUCUCUCCCUUCUCUCUCUCUCCCUGCUCUCUCUUCCUUCCUGCUCUCUCUUCCUGCUCUCUCUUCCUGCUCUCUCUUCCUGCUCUCUCUUCCUUCCUGCUCUCUCUUCCUGCUCUCUCUUCCUUCCUGCUCUCUCUCUUCCUUCCUGCUCUCUCUUCCUGCUCUUCCUUCCUGCUCUCUCUUCCUGCGCUCUCUCUUUCUGCUCUCUCUUCCUUCCUGCUCUCUCUCUCUUCCUGCUCUCUCUUCCUUCCUGCUCUCUCUUCCUGCUCUCUCUUCCUGCUCUCUCUUCCUUCCUGCUCUCUCUCUUCCUUCCUGCUCUCUCUUCCUUCCUGCUCUCUCUUCCUGCUCUUCCUUCCUGCUCUCUCUUCCUGUGCUCUCUCUUCCUGCUCUCUCUUCCUUCCUGCUCUCUCUCUCUUCCUGCUCUCUCUUCAUUCCUGCUCUCUCUUCCUGCUCUCUCUUCCUGCUUUCUCUUCCUUCCUGCUCUCUCUCUCUUCCUGCUCUCUCUUCAUUCCUGCUCUCUCUUCCUGCUCUCUCUUCCUGCUCUCUCUUCCUUCCUGCUCUCUCUUACUGCUCUCUCUUCCUUCCUGCUCUCUCUUCAUGCUCUCUCUUCUUUCCUGCUCUCUCUUCCUUCCUGCUCUCUCUUCCUGCUCUCUCUUCCUGCUCUCUCUUCCUUCCUGCUCUCUCUUCCUUCCUGCUCUCCUUUCCUACUCUCUCUUCCUGCUCUCUCUUUCUUCCUGCUCUCUCUUCCUGCUCUCUCUUCCUACUCUCUCUCCCUGCUCUCUCGUUCUGCUCUCUCCCUCUCUCUCUCACUCCCUUUUCUGCAUCUCUCUCUCUAUAUAAUUGGGUCUAUUAGCUCCUACAGGAGGUCAUGAGCAAUACCUCUAUAGAUGGGUGGACACAGACUCUUAACAAAACUGGUCGUGUGUGUAGACUAAAGUGCAGGGGGGGAACAGCCACAGGGAAUAGAGUGUUGGGGAGAAACAAGCAUUAAUGCACCUCAGCUCAUGUCUGCAUGCAGCAGAGGCAGGUAGCCUAGUGGUUAGAGGAGGCAGGUAGCCUAGUGGUUAGAGGAGCCAGGUAGCCUAGUGGUUAGAGGAGCCAGGUAGCCUAGUGGUUAGAGGAGCCAGGUAGCCUAGUGGUUAGAGGAGGCAGGUAGCCUAGUGGUUAGAGGAGCCAGGUAGCCUAGUGGUUAGAGGAGGCAGGUAGCCUAGUGGUUAGAGGAGCCAGGUAGCCUAGUGGUUAGAGGAGCCAGGUAGCCUAGUGGUUAGAGGAGGCAGGUAGCCUAGUGGUUAGAGGAGCCAGGUAGCCUAGUGGUUAGAGGAGCCAGGUAGCCUAGUGGUUAGAGGAGGCAGGUAGCCUAGUGGUUAGAGGAGCCAGGUAGCCUAGUGGUUAGAGGAGCCAGGUAGCCUAGUGGUUAGAGGAGGCAGGUAGCCUAGUGGUUAGAGGAGCCAGGUAGCCUAGUGGUUAGAGGAGCCAGGUAGCCUAGUGGUUAGAGGAGGCAGGUAGCCUAGUGGUUAGAGGAGACAGGUAGCCUAGUGGUUAGAGGAGGCAGGUAGCCUAGUGGUUAGAGGAGGCAGGUAGCCUAGUGGUUAGAGGAGGCAGGUAGCCUGGUGGUUAGAGGAGGCAGGUAGCCUAGUGGUUAGAGGAGGCAGGUAGCCUGGUGGUUAGAGGAGGCAGGUAGCCUAGUGGUUAGAGGAGGCAGGUAGCCUGGUGGUUAGAGGAGGCAGGUAGCCUGGUGGUUAGAGGAGGCAGGUAGCCUAGUGGUUAGAGGAGGCAGGUAGCCUAGUGGUUAGAGGAGGCAGGUAGCCUAGUGGUUAGAGGAGGCAGGUAGCCUAGUGGUUAGAGGAGGCAGGUAGCCUGGUGGUUAGAGGAGGCAGGUAGCCUGGUGGUUAGAGGAGGCAGGUAGCCUGGUGGUUAGAGGAGGCAGGUAGCCUAGUGGUUAGAGGAGGCAGGUAGCCUAGUGGUUAGAGGAGACAGGUAGCCUAGUGGUUAGAGGAGGCAGGUAGCCUAGUGGUUAGAGGAGGCAGGUAGCCUAGUGGUUAGAGGAGGCAGGUAGCCUAGUGGUUAGAGGAGGCAGGUAGUCUAGUGGUUAGAGGAGGCAGGUAGCCUGGUGGUUAGAGGAGGCAGGUAGCCUGGUGGUUAGAGGAGGCAGGUAGCCUAGUGGUUAGAGGAGACAGGUAGCCUGGUGGUUAGAGGAGGCAGGUAGCCUAGUGGUUAGAGGAGGCAGGUAGCCUAGUGGUUAGAGGAGGCAGGUAGCCUGGUGGUUAGAGGAGGCAGGUAGCCUAGUGGUUAGAGCGUUGGACUAGUAACCGAAAGGUUGCUGGAUGGAAUUAAUCUGAGCUGACAAGGUAAAAAUCUGUCGUUCUGUCCCUGAACAAGGCAGUUAACUGUUCCCCGUCAUUGUAAAUAAGAAUGUGUUCUUAACUGUGUGUUCUGAUGUAAUAAAUAGCAUUUA